AUGCGUCUCUCGCCAGCAUGGUACCAGUUUCUGGUCGGCGUCUUCGCUUCUCUUGGAUCAUUCCUUUAUGGAUAUGAUCUGGGUGUUAUUGCCGAGGUGCUGGUCUGUCAAUCAUUUAAAAGCAAAUUCGAGGCAGAUGAUACCCAAAAGGGAUUAAUCGUGUCUCUCUUCACGGCUGGCGCAUGUGUCGGUGCCGGCUUUGCAGGUCCCGGUGGUGAUUAUUUAGGUAGACGACGGACCAUCUCAUUGGGAUGUCUCAUUUUCACUCUCGGAGGUGGUCUUCAAACCGGUGCGAGAUCAAUUGCCUAUCUAUACAGUGGACGGUUCCUGGCCGGAUUAGGCGUCGGCUUCCUCACUAUGAUGAUUCCUCUCUACCAAGCUGAAAUUUGUCACCCCAGCAUCCGUGGUCGAGUUACAUCCUUGCAGCAAUUCAUGCUGGGUGUUGGAUCCCUCUGUGCUGGAUGGAUUGGCUAUGGAACGUACACCGGCUUUUCGGGGGAUAAUCAUGCCCAGUGGCAAUUGCCCCUCGGUCUACAAGUUGCUCCUGCAGUGUUCUUGGGUGUUUUGAUCUCUUUCUUCCCUGAAUCGCCUCGCUGGCUCAUCGACCACAACCGCAGCGAAGAGGGAUUGCGCACCUUGGCCAAGCUGCAUGCGCAUGGUGACGAAAACGACGCUUGGGUCCAGGCCGAAUAUGCCCAAAUUCAGGAGAGCAUCUCGUUCGAACAUGAAAACGAGGCGAAGUCUUAUAUCGAGUUGUUUAACAAUCGCCCUUCGUUCCGUCGGCUGUUCCUUUGCUGUGCAUUGCAAGCCUCGGGCCAGAUGACCGGUGUAUCCGCCAUCCAAUACUACUCACCCGAGAUCUACGGUCAAAUCGGUAUCUCCAACGAAGACACAUUGAAGUAUCAGGCAAUCAACUCCGUCAUCGCGUUGGUCGCGCAGUUCCUGUGCAUGAUGUACAUUGAUCGCUUCGGUCGUCGCUGGACUCUGAUCGGCGGUAAUCUCGGCAACAUGGUCACCUUCAUCGUUGCAACGGUGCUGCUCGCACAAUUCCCUCCAUCAAGCAACAACACCGGUGCCCAUUGGGGCUUCAUCAUCAUGACAUGGAUGUACAAUUUCUCCUUCUCUGCAACCUGCGGUCCUCUAUCCUGGAUUAUCCCAGCUGAAGUGUUCGAUACUCGUACCCGUGCCAAGGGUGUCUCGAUUGCCACGAUGGUUUCGUUCGCUUUCAACACAAUGAUUGGUCAGGUCACGCCCAUCGCGAUGACGAAUAUCGGGUAUCGCUACUACUUCUUAUUUGUCAUCUGUAACUUCACCAAUGCGGUCUUCUUCUGGCUCUUGCUUCCGGAGACAAAGCGCGUGCCUCUGGAGGAAAUGAACCAAAUGUUCACAAAUGCGCCAUGGAUCAUACCUGGAAGUCGCAAGGAAGAGUAUAUGACUCAUGACCUCGAGCAGAAGGUCGAGGAGCGGGAGGUGAAGCAAAAUGCGCUGCAUGUUGAGUAG